AGCUGGAAGCGAGAGGUAGUUUCAGGACUAAGGAUAGCGCCACAACGGUGCUGAGAGGGUCGCUGCUGCCAUCUGGUGUUUGUAGCGGGUACUGCAUCAGACGAUAGCCCCCGUUGCACCAGUAUUAUGCUUUCAUAAGUUCGAUACAGAAGAAAAGGAUAAGUAAAUAGGAAAUAGAUAAUUUUCGCCUUGAAUAAAAAAAUAGCAGAUGAGGGAAGACUUGCUUGCAGGGUGGCUAGGAGGGAGCGGUAUGCAGGGGUUAUAGCUGGCAUCGUUUUACCAAAAAAUUCCAUAUGAAAAGUUAAAAAUGAAAGAAAAAAGAGAAAACAUUUCAGGAAUCAGGAAAAGUUUAUUGCCAUAAUAUGUCAGACAUACAUGAAAUUUGUCUGAUGGUACUGCAACAUUAGCAUCAUUAAAGAAUAACCAUGUAGACCCAAUAUGAAGGACAAAUCACUCAUAUCUCUUCCCACCACGGUUACAACAGUGAAGUUAAGGCACUGUGACAUUCUGCUCUGCAUGCUCGUUGAACUUGACUGACUCUCGUUGCUGCCUUGAGUGUCAUAAUGAAAAUCUGUACGAUACUACCUCAGGGCCUUUAUUCUUUUAUUACAACAUUUUCACUUGAAGUUUAGUCACAGUCACGCAUGGAUGAGUUUCAUCAGAGGGCAUAAGUUUGAAGAUUUUGCCUGAGUGUGCAAUGUGGGUGAGUAAAAUUCUGCUGCAAGCGGCACUUAAUAUUCAAAGUGGACUCACUCAUUAAUUUAGCUCAUAAAAUACAAGAACAUGGCUCAGUCUUACACUCCCUCCAUUUGUAUGAUACUCCACAUGUGUGGGGGCUCAGAAUCAUCAAAAAUGCAGUGUUCAUUUUGAGAAGCAGAAGGGAUAAAACACUGCAAAAACACAUCAGGGAGUACUUCCUGACCUUAUUAAAUCUGAAGACAGAGACAUGAGCAGAAAAAUGAGGGAAAGUGGGAGAAAAGGGGAUUUGGGAGGAAAAAGAGAUGGGUAGAGGUUACCGUCAGGCCAGUUGUUAAAGUCGAUCAUGUCCUUUACUUAUAAAGGAGACAGCUGCACAAACUGCAAAGCAACAUCAAACCCUGAGGCUGAUUAUUCAGAUUCGGUUGAAGUCUUAUUUUCUUUCUCCAUAUCCUCCAUAUCCUUUUUGGGGAAGAAAUCGAAACAGAAGCCAAACGUCAAACAUAAACAUUCAACAAAAAGAUGAUCAGAAGACAUCUUCAAGUCAAAAACAAACAUAAAGGGAUAAAAACCAAGUCCAGUUGAGACCGCCUGUCAUAAAUCCUUUAUAGAGUCUGCUCUACGGGAUCUGUUUGUGUCUUGGACUGUAGCGUCUUUACAGCCCCGGUGGAGUCUGAUGCAUCAAGGACAUUGGUGCAUUUUAGUGUUUCGACAGGCUCUGUAUGCUGUCGUGUCUCUUACAGCCUUGGUGGACUGUAGUGUCUCUGCUGCCUCAUGGACUGUUUCUUGACAGCCAGGUGGAUUGUGAUCUUGUGACAGAGUUGUCAAUCAACUUUGAGGUUUGCCUUAGUGAUGCCUUAGUGAUGGCUUACUGAUGCCUUAGUGAUGCCUUAGUGAUGCCUUAGUGAUGCCUUAGUGAUCCCCUAGUGAUGCCUUAGUGAUCCCUUAGUGAUGCCUUAGUGAUCCCUUAGUGAUGCCUUAGUGAUGCCUUAGUGAUGCCUUUGUGAUGGCUUAGUGAUGCCUUAGUGAUGCCUUAGUGAUGCCUUAGUGAUGGCUUAGUGAUGCCUUAGUGAUGCCUUAGUGAUGCCUUAGUGAUGCCUUAGCCAUGGCUGUGUUGGUGGAGAAAUAGAAGGAGGUGUGGCAGGGUUCCUUCUGUCUGACUUGAUGGCAAGAAAGAAGGUUGAUUCUGUCUCUGAACUUGAGUGCAUGCAUUUUGUUAUGUUCUUCUAUUUAUUUUAGUGAAGGCAAUAAUUUUCCUUCUAAAUACAUUCUUUGUUCUUCUGUGCUCUUUACUGUAACAAUGUAUUUAAACACUUAAGACACAACACAUAAGCUGUUCUGCUGUUCUGUCUUACGAAGAAUACCUUCCUUUUUUUUGUCUCCAUUUGAUAAAGAAUAAAGCAACCUGUUCUCAUGUCAUCAUCAUAUAGGAUUUCUUAGGGUCUGGAAGAAACUUCAAAUCAGACACACAAAUAAAACCCACACUCAUUCUGUGUUCUGUUUGUGAACCCUAGGGUGAGAAAAAAAGCUGACACCAUAGUUGCGGUCGUGAGAAAAGAAAAGGUGGCUCUGGUUUUUUCACCUGACUUUUUGUGUAUUCAGUGGUUGCAUUGCAGUGUGUUUUGUUUUGUCCCAGGGACAAUAGUCAAGCCAUGAACUGCGCACCUAUUGUGAUGAGGCCCACCGGGGGGGACAUUGUCUUUGGCAAUAGUGUGGAAUGUCCCAGCGGAAUGACAGAAGCAGGGGAGGGCAGGUCAUGGGACUGCAGUGCUCACCUCUCCUACACGGGACCAGUCCCUUUAGCACUUGCAGAAAAAAGGAGCUGGAAGCUAUACAAAAAGGAGUUGGAGGCAUAGAGAAGAUUUGUGGGGUGGGGAGGGGGGUGGUGGGGGGGGGUGCUCGAAAGUGCCGUGAUGAGCACCCCUUUGAGGCGACCUUCUGGUGUCAAUGUCUCAGGCCAAGUCGGCGGUGACGGAGGUGAGGAUUCCGUCGAAGACAACGGUAACAACAGGACUAACACCCGGUGUGAAGGAGCAGCGAGACCCGGGCCGGGGAAUGCGGAUCCGGCCGGUCAGGGAAGGUCGAGCAGCGUGGAGCAGCUGGUGAGACCUGCCCUGCCAGGCAGGAAGGCACACAGAAAGACCUGCAGCAAGGACCGCGGGGGAAGAUGGAAGGGGGGAGACCGAGACAGGGAUGAGGAGACAGGACAUUUUGAGCGCGACGCAGGAGGCAGGGGAAAAGGAAAACCACGACAGAGAGAGGCCGAAGGAAGUGGCACGCAGGGAGAUGGAGACCGGGACAGACCGGGAACAGGAGGCACUGACAGUCUGUCGAGUGGUAACUCUGACACCCCCUUCAACAACACUUUGGAAGUUGGAGAAGGAUCCACCAACUUUCAGCGAGGACUCACGCAUCACAGACUCCCAUCCACUGGCUGCACCCGGACCUUCAGCACUAAUGUAAACCCCCAAUCCCCUCGGCCAGCAAUGAGAUCCAUUUCUUCUGAUCUCCAUCAGCCUCCCAACCAAACCAGGUCCACACCUCUGUGCCCCCGGAGAAUGUCAUCCAGCACAGCGGCAGGAAACCUGCACCGCCACUCAUUUAGUUCCCGCAGAGAGGCAGAUCCAUUGGGGGUGGAGGUGGGAACAGGGGCAGCAACCGCAGGGUCAUCCCAAAGUCCUCAGACGCACAUUCUGUCUCUGAUAGGCCCGGAGCUGAGAGAAGAGGAAGAGCAGGAGGGAGAGGAGGGGGAAGGAGAAGAAGAAGAAGAAGAAGAAGAGGAGGAGGAGGACUUGGAAGAUGGCGAGGAGCGAGGCAGUGGCGUGAUGGGGACGACGGGUCAGACCGCAUCCUCAACAUUGGUUGUGCCUAGUGUUCCUUUUGGGGACAGACGGAUGAGUAAAAGGGAGAAGAACAGGAUCAAGUAUCUGAGGAGGAGGCAGAAGAGAAGGGAGAGGUGGAGACAAAGUCAACUGCAGGAGAGCAGACAGAGCUCAACGGGGAACCCAUCCAGCAGCAGCGAGGAUGAGGACAUGAGCGCUGGGGACAAAGAACGUUACAUCUGCGCAGUGUGUUUGGAUGUGUACUUCAGUCCUUACAUGUGUCAACCCUGCAACCACAUCUUCUGUGAACCCUGUUUGAGGACGCUGGCUAAGAACAGCCCCACCAGCACCCCCUGCCCCCUCUGCAGAACCAUCAUCACUCAUGUCUUCUUCCAGAAGGAGCUAAACCAAACAGCGAGGACAUUCUUUCCAAAAGAAUAUCUUUCACGGAGACAGAACUUCCAGAAAGCAAGUUGUGCGAAGUGGCCUCUCCCAAGCUGCCGAAAGGUAUUCCGUAUCUUUGGAGGCUUCCAGAGGCAGUCUGGUCCCAUUGUUAGACGCCAGUUCCCCCACGGAGGAGGCCACCAACUGGGCGACUUGGACUUUGAAGAGGACUCUCGAGGCUGGAGCUUUGACAUGGACAUGGUCAUCAUCUACAUCUACUCGGCCAACUGGGUUAUUGGCUUCUUCAUAUUCUGCUUCCUUUGCUACCUCUUUUUCCCUUCUUUUUGACAGUCGUGGCAACAAUGAUGGCGUAACAAAGAAAGAGACAACGAUUCAUUUUUUUAAGCUGGUGGGAUGACGAGAUGGAGGGAAAUGACAGGUGUUCCAGAUUGUUGUCUCUAAAAAUAUUGUACCAGGAGGUGUGGGAAUAAAUUGUUUUCUGUCUCCAUAUGUUGCACAUGAAAUGUGGGUUAAACAACACGUUUUGUUCCUGUAAGGAGGGGAAUUAUAUAACAUUUCUUAGGUUGUAAUGAUGUGCUUUAAACAAGUCUACAUACAGUGUGUUAUGUAGUCUUAUAUCUUAUUUGUACUAACAGCACUUUAUAAGAAGUAGAUAUGACCAUUUUGAUUAUUUACAAAUUUGGUCAGCAAACCUGUGUACUAUUCAAAAGCAAACAAGUGGUUUGACCGCAAUAAAAGUCCGGGGCCUUGGUAGCACAAGUGUAACUUCUGUUGUUAGUUCAGUUUAGCAAUUGUAGGAAGCAAAACAGUCCUAAAGGGAUGGGUAUUCCUGGAUGACACUCUGUCCUCUGCCAUUGUUUGUAAGAUGAGGGUUGCAAAGCCUGCAAAAAUACCUUUGGGGAGGCCAUGGAGACAGACUUUCAGUUGGCAACUGAGGAAGGGAUAAUUUAACAUUCACUAAUUAAAAUGGUGUGCAUUUUUUGGACUAAUAGCCAUUUAAGAGGAAUUCUUUAAUCAUUAAAAAACAGAAGAUGGGUUAUAUUCUCUUCAAAAAGAUUCAAAUCUAAGUCAAAGAAAUGAUCAAUGCAUUAUCGACAUUUUAAAAGACAAAUGAUAAGACAAUCAUACUGUACAUUUGGGCCUCUUUGUGUUCGUCUGA